UCGCCAUUGGCAGAUGAGCACGCUUCGCCUGGCAGAAGUAGGACUAUAGCUGAGCGUACAUCCCACACGAGCGCACGCCUUGUAGAGAACAGUACCGGUACCCGUGAAAUCCGCGUGUUUCAUUUCGUUCGCUAUGGAGAAGUGUGAGUUAAACGGACACACUGUGUCUAAAUGCCCAGAAUCUUCCGGCUCAGUCAAAUGUGAAAAGAAAGGGUGCAAAAACAGGUUUAUGGAUUUCUUUAGGAGAAAUCUGUUAGUUAUUCUCACGGUGUCAGGGGUUUUGGUAGGAGUUGGACUUGGUAUGAUUAUUCGGAAAAUGGAUCUCACUCGGGCGCAGAUGACAUAUUUCGCCUUUCCGGGCGAGAUGUUGCUGAGGAUGCUGAAGAUGAUCAUUCUUCCCCUAGUGGUGUGCAGUCUGAUCUCAGGCGCUGCCAGCCUUGACACUCGCUCGCUGGGAAAACUUGGAGGAAUCGCGGUGUCUUAUUUUUUGGUGACUACCCUGAUAGCCUCAUCCAUCGGCGUGGCUCUUGCAUUCAUCAUCAAGCCCGGUGUCGGUGCCGGUGCUCUAAACACCAAUAGCUUAUCUCUGGAAAGCGUGAGCACCGACAAAGAAACUACGGACUCAUUUUUAGAUCUUGCCAGAAAUUUGUUCCCGUCAAACCUUGUGGCAGCCGCAUUCCGCUCGUAUGCCACGGAUUACAAGAACAUCUCAGUGAAGACAGGCACCAAUGGAACCCUCCUCUACCAGAAGGUUCCUUAUGGCACUGAGACAGAUGGCAUGAACAUCCUGGGCCUGGUGCUCUUCGCCAUGGUGUUCGGGGUGGCCCUCAGGAAGCUGGGCUCAGAGGGAGAGGAGCUCAUCCGCUUCUUCAACGCUUUCAACGAGGCCACCAUGGUGCUGGUGUCCUGGAUCAUGUGGUACGUGCCUCUGGGCAUCAUGUUCCUGGUGGGCAGUAAGAUCGUGGAGAUGGAGGACGUGGUGCUGCUGGUCACCAGCCUGGGCAAGUACAUCUUCGCCUCCAUCCUGGGCCACCUCAUCCACGGGGGCAUCGUCCUGCCCCUCAUCUAUUUUGCUUUCACCCGCAAGAACCCCUUCACUUUCCUCUCGGGACUCAUAACGCCCUUCACCACAGCCUUCGCCACCUGCUCCAGCUCAGCGACCCUGCCUUCCAUGAUGAAGUGUGUGGAGGAGAACAACGGCGUGGACAAGAGAAUCAGCCGCUUCAUCCUCCCCAUCGGUGCAACCGUCAACAUGGACGGGGCGGCCAUCUUCCAGUGCGUUGCCGCUGUGUUCAUCGCCCAGCUGAACAACCACGAACUGAACGCCGGCCAGAUCUUCACCAUCCUGGUUACUGCCACAGCCUCCAGUGUUGGAGCGGCGGGGAUCCCAGCUGGCGGAAUCAUCACUAUCGCCAUCAUCCUGGAGGCCAUCGGGCUGCCCACCAACGACCUGUCACUCAUGCUGGCUGUCGACUGGAUUGUUGACCGCACUACCACCGUAGUGAACGUGGAGGGCGACGCCCUGGGGGCUGGCAUCCUGCACCACAUCAACGAGGAGGAGCAGAAGAAGCUACGGCAGCAGGAGGAGGAGGAACAGGGUGCGCACGAGCUCGCCGAGGUCAAGGUGGAGGCGGUGGCUAACGUGCAGGCGGACGGCGAGACUUCCCCGCUGGUCACACACCGCCCGCUCGCGCCAGACUCGUCCUGUGUCAACCUGCUGGACAAGGAGGGCAUGGAGUCCGUGCUCUGAGCCCAGGGACCCUGCAUGUUCUCACACUCUCUUCUCUCUCUCGCUGCCUGUUUCCAGUACUACCACCACAGGGUAGUACAGUUCACGUACGCCGAAACGCAUACUGAACACUGUUACCUCUUACCUGGAAAGUUUACUUGUAUCUGUCAUUCUGUUUUUCAGUUCAGAGAAAAAAUAACAACAGAGAAAAUGUCUAAAUGUGCCAUAGUUGACAUUGUUCUGGUGACAGAUGGGCCAUGGUUAUGUUUGUGUGGUGAAAGUGCUUGCAAGUGUCCUGCAGAAUCUUUUUUUCCAAUCACUACUGCCCUUUCUUCCUUCUCUCAAAUUUAGUGGAAGAGGAAACUGCUUGUUUGUUUUUGUAAAUCCAAAGGGAACUCUCCCAAGCUUGAAGUAGUCAGUGUUAGUGUAAACAAAUAGGAGAAUUAUUUGCAGAGUAACCCAGGUUUUUUGUUUGUUCUAUACUCUACUUGCGUGACAUAUUAACCGCAUAUUUUAAUGCUAGAGAAGAGAACCUGUUUGUUGUAAAUAUUUGCGUGGGUUGUUCAGUGAUGUAUUUUUCUGGCCAGCCAGGGAUGCUGGUAAACGGUAUGGACUGCAUCUCUUUGUGACCGCUCAGUGCAUGUUCACCAGUCCAGUUUGAAUAGUCUGAGUCAAAUCAUGGUAGACACAACACCCUAACUGCCAAAUAUUCAUGAAGUAGACAAAUAUUCUUGUGGAUCAUGAUCAUCUCUUGCAUAAUUUGAAGAAUGAAUCCAAAACUUCCAUGAAAUGGAAGGAUAUUUUUUGUCAAAAUGUUGUGUCUUAUGGAGAUGGUCAUGGGGAAACAUUGGUCCUUUUUGUGGUCACACAGCUCCAACUGCUGGUUCUUUUCAGAAAACCUAAAUGCAGAACUUUUUCUAUGACUGUAGCGCCACCCUGAGGUAAAAUAUCAGUAUUAAUUUUCUCUAAAAGAGAACUGUGAUAUUCAGCUAAUUGUUUUACUCAACAUAAACAUUGUCUUGUGUCAAUACAAAGAUAACCACUAAAUGAAGGGAUUGAAUGACCAUUUAAAUUUUGCAAUUAUUUGAAACAUUUCUCAUCAAUGUGAAUCUCAAUGUCAAAAUGAAUGCUAAAUGUAUAUAUUUAAAUGUAUACUUUUCUCACAUCAUGAGCUUAAUAUCAUCAUUUUGUGACGGUCACAAAUUUUGAGCUGGUGAAAAGAUUAUCUAAAAGAUCAUCUGAAAUGUUGUAUGCAUGUUAGAUGAUAUAUAGCACUUGUUUUCUGCAAUUUCUGGAUCUGGCUUAUUUCAUGGUUGCUGCAGCAGAUAGAUUUGCAUGUUAAAUGUUUGGGUUUCCCCUUGCACCUUAUUAGUGCUUUGGAUCAGCCAGACUGAGGAGGUGUUACACGGCCAGCUCUUGGUUUUAUGAUUGUCGCAAAUAGUCAAAUGUAUGGAUCAGCUCUUAAUGUCAGAAAAGUUUUGCUGAGCCGGACUGCAACCAUUACAGAACUGUUUAGUUAGAAGUGCAGAAUGUGUCUGGAGCAAUCACAGAUAGAUAAGCUAAAUGAAAGACUGUAAUUUAUUUUAAUUAUUUUGAAAUACUGUGUAAUUUGUAUUGUGUUGGAUACGAUGGAUGCCAUGUCUGAAUUUAUUGUAAUCAAAUUGCAAUAUAGCCUAUAUUUUAUUAACAUCUUUAACACUAUUAGUUUAAAGAGGGCUAGUAAAAAGUUAGUAUCUUCUUAACUGUGUUAUACUGCCUUUCACCUUUAUGUGUGAACUAUCUUUGUAAUACUUCUUUAUACUUUUCAUGGUCAAACCUCUGCUUUUAACAUUAAAUCUGAGCAUCUAUGUUGAA